AUGGCCACCAUCACCUCCCCGACAUCUCCAACAUCGCUGACCCAGCAGCCAUCGGCGCCACCUCCGCCACCUCAACGACUCGAUGAUACCGCCUCCCCCCAGCUGCCCCAGGGCCGGUGCCGCUACAUCCUGAUCGCUCCCGAGCUCAGAGGUCACCGAUGCUCCUGCGUCAACUUCAGCCGCGACAGGGCCUUACCAGGAGCCAUGUGCGAUUGCGUCUCGCGCGUCAGCCAGCUCGAAGAGACGGUCGACAAGAACCGCUACGACGUCCAGGCCGAGCUCGAGGGGUCCUACCACCACAUCUCGGCGGCCUGGCAGCUGAUUGAGCAGCUCCGCCAGCGCAUGGCGGCUGUCGAGGCCACGCACCGCAUCCAGAGCGAGCAGCUCGCCCGCGCCGGCAAGGAGCUGCAGGACCUGCGGAACAGGCAUCUCGAACUCCUGGAGACGGACGAGAUGCUAGAGGAGAGGAUCGAGAAGCUCGAGGAGGUUCCUCCCCCGGACGACGCCGUCACUUCCCCCUCACCCCCCAUCGCCGCCGCCUCCGCCUCCGCCGCUGCCGCUGCCGCUGCCGCUGCCGCCACGAAGCCGUGCCUGCUCGACGGGCGUCAUCGCACGCUGCUCCUCCCCUCGCAGCAGCCGCUCUCGGCACCGCCGUCGCUGUCAUCGUCGCCAGUGGACGCCUGCAACCGUGACGGCCACACAUCCGUCGUCGCCGGCCGGGAAGGGGACGGCGAGGCGUGGACCGUCCACGUGUCGCUCAUGCCGUCCAGGGAGCGCCCCUUCCCCUACGAGAAGGACACGAACGCCUACAAGAGGUGCCUGUCGCGCGGCCUGCACCGCAUGAUUGCCAUCCAGGGCACGUCGGGCGAGGCCUUUGCCGCCGCCGUGUCCCGCACCUUUGGCCACAUCCUGGGCGACCAGGCCUGGGAGCCCCUGCGGGCCAAGACGUGCGACGCCCGCCGCCUCGAGGGCCAGACCAUGCUCCGGCCGCUGGAGGCCGACGUCGUGGCCGCCGUCAGCGGGGACCGUCCCUCGCCGUACUCGCGCGCCUUCCUGCGCGAUAACUGCGCCAUCUGCGACGCCCACGGCAACCUGCAGGCCUUGUACCUCGCUCCGCGCCACGUUUCCUUCUCGUGGCCUACCAUUCGAAACCUGCCCGUCUCGCUUGACGGCCUGGAGGCCAGCUGGGGGUAUGACCAGUACCUCGAUAUCGACAGAGGUGACGCCGACGAGAAGGAGAACGCGCCUCCCCCAUCUUCUUUUAACCGAGAGUCUCUACCCCCACCGUCGUCAUGCUUCUCUCGCUCGCAGCCGCCGCAGCCGCAGCCGCCAUCGGCGGCUAAGCGUGCAGCGUCGGAGAUGCACACUGGUGGUGCCGUCAUGAGCUACGGCGAUGAUGAUGGUAGGAUGGCCAAGAGUCGGAGAGUCAUGCGCGGCAUGAUUGAGACCUUGUAG